AUGCACCAGGCUUUCACUACCCUAUCUAUACUGGCAGUAGCCUCUUUAGCUGAUGCUGCUGCCAUUGAAGCCCGCUCACAGAGCUCAACUCCACUGACUCUCAAUCCCUCAUCUACCACAACCGGAGUUGAUUGGUUUCAGACCACGCCCGAGAGCUACCAGGGCACGACUGCAACCGGGGUUGCUCCCUUCUUAGCCGAGACAAAUCCUGCUCCAUUUGGACAAAAGACUCUGUCUCCCAACGACCCGCUGGAAACAAGCGAGCCGAUCAAGGGGGCUGCUGGCCGCAAUAUAUUCCAUUAA